UGUGCUAUUACCAGUGCGUUUCAUUUACAUUUUUGACCAUUGUGAAAGCAGUGUUCUGCCUUAUUCCUGGUUUACGCCCUCCCUGUACCCCCAGUCGUUGUUUCUUUGCAACUUCUUAGUUAUAAACUAACCUCGUCAGUUGGCGUUAAAUCAUAAAUACUGUUUACAUUAUUUGGCACGUGGUGAGGCUGAUGUUGUGAAGACAGCUGACAGUCUGUCAGUGUCACGUGGGGAAGUUAAGGCGGAAGACUGAAGUUGACAGACCCCGCUGAAAAUGUCAAAAGUACAGACAGGUUACCCCUGGAAAACGAAAAGUGAUUACUCUAUGUGCUCGCCAUGUUAGUCAUUGGCUGACCCUCUCUGAGACACAAUGGCCGAGAUAGAAAUGGAGCUGCAGUCAGGCACCUCUUCUCUUGAAGAUGCAGUGUCUGGCAGAGGACAACAGACUGUGUUUAAUGAAGAUGACAUGCUCUACUACAUCCCUGAGAGGAGACAGUCUCUGGACCUGGGACAGAGCGCAAUGGAUACCAGCAACUGGCCUUAUAUGGACCAAGCCCUGUCUCCAGCUCUGAGCUACGUGUCACUGGCAACUGGAGAGCGCUCAGUUGAAAUGGAUGACGAAGAUGGAUCAGACACGAGGGUCCACCUGGAGAGAACAGACUCAUUCUCUAGCUGCUACUCUUUGGACAGUGACGACUGUGAGAAGAGAAUCCCCAGGGUUAAAAGCAAAGGUGAUACGGUCUCAGAGCUUUCUGACACACCGGAGUUAAUCACCACCCCUAAUGAGAUUAAGCAUCCUUCUCUAACAGUGGCAUUCACUUUCAAGGCUAUCAGUAAUACCCUUGGGAAGCUGUCAGAGGGAGAUGUUAAGAGAUUCAAGACGAUGCUGUGGAAACGUUACUCACAAUCAUUCAACACGCCGCCCCAAGGCAUGGACAUGGUGGACCUUGUGGACCGGUUGCUCGAGUGCUACGACCUUGAAGUAUCUUUGCAGAUCACCAAAACCCUUCUUGGGGAGAUGGGGAAAAACAAGAUAGUUGACUACCUCCAGACUUUGUGUAUCAGAAAUGAGGUAUGCUAUGAAUUACGUGAGACUCUGAAGAGGACAUACGGUGAAGUAUGUGAUGAUACUGCCAUGCAGCAAGAGAAGAGGCCCUUUGACGAUAUCUUUACUAAUCUGCACAUAACCUCAACAUGUGGUAAUGGCCCAAAUAUUGAGCAUGAGGUCAUGAGGAUAGAAAAACUGGACAGUAACCGGGAUGCAGGGGAACUUCUUUCUACCAAGGAUAUUUUCAGCGCUGAAAAGCUGGAGUGCUCCAACGUAAGGCUCAUAUUGAUCACCGGAGUGGCAGGGUCAGGGAAGUCUAUGGCGAUCAGAAGGUUAAUCCUCGACUGGGUUGAAGAGCGGUCCCACCAACACAUCUCUUUUUUGUUUCCUCUGCCGUUCAGAGAACUCAAACAGUUUGAGGGUUCCACGGUCUCCCUGUUGGAAAUCAUACAAAAAUUCUACCCAGAGACAAAAAAACUGAAGGAUGAGCAUUAUAGAUCCGAAGACUGCAAAAUAAUGUUUGUCUUUGACGGUCUGGACGAGUACGGUGGGAAGCUUGACUUUGAAAACACUGAGCUUCUCGGUGACCACACAGAUUCCACCACCCUGAAUGUCAUCGUGGUGAACCUCCUCAGAGGGAGGCUGCUCUACCGCGGCCUAUUCCUGGUCACUUCUCGGCCGCAGGUGAAGCGCUGCAUUCCUUGGGAUACAUAUUACGAGGAGAUUGAAAUCCGGGGAUUCUGUGACCCCAACAAAGAUGAGUACUUUAAGAGGAGAUUUACAGACCCAGCUAAAGCAGACCAAGUUAUCGCGUACAUCAGAUCUUUCAAAACCCUCUCUAUCAUGUGCCACCUGCCCUUGUUCUGUUCCCUGGUCGCUGAUGAAUGCCAUCAGAUAUUUAGGGAACACGGGACACAGGCAGAGCUGCCCAGGAGCAUCACUUACUUGUACACUAAGCUGGUGUUAGCGCUCGCACGGCAGCACCGCACAUUUAGAGAUCCAGAUCAUAGCCCGGAUAACGAGAGAGACUUCCUUAUGAAACUUGGAAAGUUGGCCCUCAACAUGUUGGAACAAGGCCAGUUUAAGAUUACCAGGUCCGACUGGAAAGGGACCGGAAUCAGCAGCGAGGAGGCAGUGAUGAACACUGGCCUGUGCACACAAUACGUCACAAAGCCAUUUGUCUUGUUUCAUGAGUACGUCUUGAGCUUCAUCCACCCCACCAUGCAGGAGUACCUGGCUGCCCUUUAUGUGUUUCUUUCCUUUGUAAACCAGGGGAAGAACAUUUUUGAGCAGCCUCUGAAGGACAAGUUCAAGGGGAUGUUCAAGGGAUACAAAGCCAUGGAGCUGUACAAGAGUGCAGUGAACAAAAGCCUGCUCUGUGAUGAUGGCAAACUGGACAUUUUCCUGCGUUUCCUGUUUGGAAUGGCACUGAAGCCCAGCCUGGAACUCCUCCAGCCAUUCUGCACCUCUUCUGUAAAGUGGUCAACAGAGGUGGAAGAUGCCGCUGCCCUCAUCAGGAAGAAGAUCAGAGAAAAUCAGCAUCCUGGCAGGAACGAGAACUUGCAACGCUGCUUGGAGGAGCUGGGUGUGUUAGCAACAGAGGCAGCAUCCUCUUGAUGUGACUCCUUUAAAACACUGAUAACUGCAAAGAAUUGUUUCACUACAAAACAAAUGCUCGUGGCUUCCACUGCCACUGCAGCCAGAGGAAAACUGGGCAAGACAUGUCUGAUGGAGAGCCUGUCCUGAUGGAGACUCAGCCAACAUAUGCACUAAUGGAGCCUUAGACUAUUUAGUAGACAAACUUAAUCACUUCUUUAGUUCCACUUGCACUGAUGUACCAAAGAUAUGGAAUCUUUGAAGGACAUAAGGAUGGUGUGAUUUUAUGUGUGUUGUAUCUUUUCCUGUUUACAUCCUGUUGUACAUUAUAUGCAGUCCAAGAUGUUCUAUGUACAUAAUUAUUGCUUAAUUAAAGCCAGUCAGUCUAGUGUUGUGCUAAAUAUGACUUAUUCUAAUUCCUUCAGAUUGCUUUUUAACUUCACUACUAACAGUGUCGUGAGGAAUAUGAUUGCUGUCUGAGCCCAAGUGUAACUGGUAAAUCAUUGUUGGCAAAUAUAAGAAAACAGAAUUAUUCUGCUCUUUUUUAAGUUUUGCUGAUCAGUUGCCGUUGGCUGAGUGUUCUGUGUUUACUGCCAUAUUUUGGUAAAUAAGGCAGUAAACACAGAAGAGCGGUAGUUCUGUAACUGUUUAUCCUACACAGCUACAAAGCACCUGUGCUCUAAUCCGUGCCACAGUGUUGGUCUCAGUGCAUGUGAAAGUACUGACAGCAAUGCCCAUAGAACAGAA